AUUGGCUAAUUAUUUUCUGUGUUGAAACAUACUAUCAUAUCACCAGAGACCCGAGAGACCGUAACGAGCUUCAAGGUCUGUUUAAGCAAUCUUCGUUCAUGAGGGGAUUCCAGUUUUCUAAAUCCAAGCUUCGAAGUUAGAAAAGUUUUGAGUCUUUGGUUGGUGAGGAAACAUUUAAAGGUAACAUUUUUUUUUUCGGUAUUUUGGUAUUGGAUUUUCACUUUUGUAGCGAUUAGAUGUGAUGCAGAAUUUAGAUUCUGGUUGUAUAUAGAGUCUCUUCUUGGCUUGGGGUUGAUCAAACUUGUAUUGGUUAAGUUGGGUUUUGAGGGUUUGCUUGUAUUUGAAAGUAUUGGGUUGAAGUAUUCUUUUUGGGUUUCUGCGUGGUGCUUAAAAUAUCUAAACUAUCCUCAAGUAAUUGACUUAUGGAUUAAGAAAGUUGGGGACUUUAAGGGUAAGCUAUAUCAAGGGUUGAUUGGUAGGCAAAAAAUGUAUUGCAAUUUCAAGGAGUAUGGUGUUGAGUAUGUGAAGCAGGCAGUAAAGGAAGAUGAUGCUGGGAAUUAUAGCAGGGCAUUUACUCUUUACAUGAAUGCAUUGGAGUACUUCAGAACCCAUUUGAAGUAUGAGAAGAAUCCAAAGAUUAGGGAAGUCAUGAAGGAUAAGGUUGCUGAAUACUUGAGGAGGGCAGAGGAGUUACGAGCAAUUCUUGACAAUGGGGGCACUGCACCAAACUUGAACGUUAAUGUGGGUUCUAGUACACAUGCACAGUCUAAGCCAAACAAUGGAGGACAGAAAGACAAAGAAGAUCCUGAGCAAGCAAAACUUAGAGCUGGACUUGAUUCAGCAAUAAUUAGGGAGAAACCAAAUGUCAGGUGGAGUGAUGUUGCAGGGCUUGAGAGUGCCAAACAGGCAUUGCAAGAGGCUGUUAUAUUGCCUGUUAAGUUCCCACAGUUUUUCACUGGUUAGUUUCUUUUUUUUGUUGGUGCUUGUCCAUUGAUUUUUCCGCUGCCUUUUUUUCUUUCCCUUUUAUGUUUUAAAUCAAUUUGCUUCUGUACUUGGGAGAACUGAAUAUAGGUUUAGGUUUUAU